AUGAGUGAUGGUAGAGCAUCAGGAAACAAUACAUCUGUCCUAAGCUCAUUCUUCUCUCUCCCUCCUUCCUUCCCAGACCCAGGAGAACUCUUUGUCCCCACAGAGAAUUAUUAUGAGGUGGUACAGUUACGCAGUCAUCAACCAGCCCUGCUUCCCUGCCAGGUGACCAACCCCCUGGCCCAGGUGACGCUGCAUCGGGAGUUCCCCCCAGAGGAGGUCCCAGUGGAUGGGACGGACAUCUCCUUUGAUGUGAAGAAGGGCUUCACCAUCCACCGGCCCCGAGCUUCCUUGGCUGGCUCCCUCUUCUGCUUGGCCAGCCUACGAGGCCUGAGACAAAUCUCUACCAAGUACAUGCUGAUCUACAUCAACUACCCAUCAUCGUCCCCCAAACCCACCAUCCAAGCUUCAACAACAUCGGUCCUUCUGGGAGAGAACUUCAGUGUGACCUGCACGGUUCUGAGUGAGCCAGAGAUUGCUGUGGACUUCCGUUGGGAAUAUCCGGGGCAGAAGAUGGGCCGACCCCCCUACGUCAGUGAGCGGGCUGACGUGGUCCACAGGGAGGGCCAGGCUCACCAGGAGGCAGGGAGCACCUUGUAUGUGGAAGAGGCCCGGGCUGGGGACGCUGGCGUCUACACCUGCCGGGCCGCCAACCUUCAGGGCACUGGGAUGGCCACCACCCAUGUCCAUGUGACCCGGAGCCCUCGAGUCUCCCCUGCCCCUUCCUAGUCCCUCCCUGACUGCAGGCAUCUGCGUAUGAGCAAUGGGCAGAAGCAGGGGUUGGUAAUUGUGUGAACUUUGGUGUUUUUUAUGCCAAGGAGGUGCCCCCCGUGGGAAGAAAGAACCUUGGCCUUCACCCCUUACACUCUCCCAUCUCUACUUUCACCCCUCACUUCCCGCUCACUGCCUCACGCCCUGCCCUGACCUUCUCUGAAAGCCAGCUCCAUUCCAACCCCAGGUGCAGCGCUGGGCAAAGCCAGGGCCAGGGCGGCACCAGCACCCUGGGAGGAAGCCUAGACCCUGCCGAGCCACCCAGGCCC